AUUAAAGAACAGUACUGCAGACGAUGAUAAACUAAUUUAUUUGCUGGAGGUUUCGUUGUUAUUAGAUUGGAAGACGGAACAGAAGCUCAAGUGAAUCGAGAAGAGAGAUGAAUGCCCCCGAUCGAUACGAGCGUUUCGUCGUCCCUGAGGGAACCAAGAAGGUUUCGUAUGAAAGAGACACCAAGAUAAUCAAUGCAGCUUCUUUCACUAUCGAGCGAGAGGAUCACACUAUCGGGAACAUUGUUCGCAUGCAACUUCAUAGGGAUGAGAAUGUGCUUUUUGCCGGCUACAAGCUUCCGCAUCCUCUUCAGUACAAAAUUAUAGUCAGGAUUCACACCACUAGCCAGUCUUCACCAAUGCAGGCAUAUAAUCAGGCGAUCAAUGAUCUUGACAAGGAACUGGAUCAUCUAAAGAAUGUAUUUGAGGCUGAGGUGGCAAGGUUCUCGUAGACAAUAGACUAAUCUCCACUAGCAAUGUAGAAGGGAGUUGAAUCACUAAGCUGUCUGAAGAUGAUGUAUUUAAAACUUGUUUUUGGGGUAUUCUGGAUUUUAACCUAACUAGUAACUUGGGAGUAAUCUAGUUUCUUUUAAUUAGUAGCUACAUUUCUUUGGUGUCUUGUAAUGAUUGGUGAAUGUGUAGUUGCUAAUUUGCUCACGCAAGUCAUAUAGUAUGAGCAAUUAUGGUGAACCUUCGUUUGGGCUCUGGAAUAUAAUUAUCGUGUUUACCCCCUUA